AUGUUUUCUACCCAUCUCCUUUUUGGCGAUUUGAUAUUGGCUUAUCCCGUCAACAUCAAAUACGUCCCCUUUAUUUGUUGUACAUACCACACCCUCUGUGAUGCCUUUCCUCCUUCAUCCUCCUUUCCAGCCCUUUUACGUGCCUUGAAUGAUUCAAAACGGCCUCUCCUAUCAACCCUCAUCACACACGGCAUCAUUUCCUCCACUCUCCUCUUCUUUUCCUUUUCGUUCCUGCAUAUACUUCUUUUUUUCAAUAUUGCCCUUGUUAAUUCGAGCUUUGGAGGCAUGUCAUAA